UAGCGUACCCGGUACUCGUCUAUUCUAACUUCGCGCUCGUUCACGAUACGGAAUCACGCUUUGUUUUUUGUGUGGCCAUGGGGUUCAUGUAUUUAUUUUUAACGAUUUUGAUUUUAGUAUGGGUGGCUAAAUGCAAGCCUAAUGCGGAAAUCAAAGGAGGAAUGUUAUCCUUACAAAAUUCAGAAUCUCGUGAAGUUAGGUCGCUUGAUGGAGUGUGGGUGUUUCGUGCCGAUGACUCGCCCGGGCGUUCUGCGGGGUUUGACGGUCAGUGGUGGUCUCGGUCUCUCAAAGAGUUUGGACCAGUGAUAGAUAUGCCAGUACCAUCCAGCUUUAAUGACAUCACUCAAGAUGGCUCUCUCAGGGAUUUUGUAGGUUGGGUUUGGUAUGAGACAGAGUUCUACCCUCCAAAGUCUUGGACAAACAGUGGUCAAAGGAUUGUACUUCGAUUUGAGAGUGCCCAUUAUGAAACGAUUGUUUGGUUUAACACACAAGAAGUGGUGAGGCAUUCUGGUGGUCAUCUACCUUUUGAAGCAGAGAUAACAGCUCAUCUCUCCUAUGGGCAACCCAACAUGAUUACAGUUGCUGUGAAUAAUACCUUGUCUCCUAACACUCUACCACCGGGGGCAGUAACACACUAUGAUGACCCAACAAUGUAUCCACCCAAUUAUUUUGAGCUGAGCUACCAAUUUGACUUCUUUAACUAUGGUGGGAUCCAGCGAUCUGUCAAACUCUAUACGACUCCUAACGUCUAUAUUGAUGACAUUGAUGUUGUUACACAUUAUAUAGACACAACAGGUCAGGUGAUGUUCAAUGUUACAGUUGGUGGAGCACCAGCAUCAAAAGUGACAGCAGAUGUUGACCUAAUUGAUAGAUUAGGCAAUAUUGUAGCAUCAAGUACAAAGCUGAAUGGACUGCUUGUGGUUAAUGAUGCAAAACUGUGGUGGCCGUACACGAUGCAUAAUGACUCAGCCUAUCUCUACACACUCAAGGUUUCGGUUUCCUUUGAAGGCAUAAUUGAUGUUUAUCGUCUUCCUGUUGGUAUCCGCACAGUCAAAGUCACUAGUAAACAGUUCCUGAUCAACGAUAAACCAUUCUAUUUCCAUGGAGUCAACAAACAUGAAGAUGCAGAUAUAAGAGGUAAAGGCUUUGACUUGCCCCUCAUCAUCAAAGACAUCAACCUCUUGAAGUGGCUUGGAGCAAAUGCCUUUCGGACGAGUCAUUACCCAUACUCUGAAGAGAUCAUGAACCUCUGUGACAGGCAUGGUAUUGUGGUGAUUGAUGAGAGCCCCGCUGUUGGCAUGCAUUUGCGUGAUAAUUUUGUAAAUGCCACCUUGGAGCAUCAUCAUGAAGUUAUGUCAGAGUUGGUACGAAGGGAUAAAAACCGUCCAUCAGUGGUCAUGUGGUCAGUGGCCAAUGAACCAUUCACAACUCUGGAUGUUACUGGACCAUACUUUGAGAAUGUAAUUGCGUACACAAGAAAAUUGGAUCCACAUCGACCUGUCACAUUCGUUGCAAAUGGACACCCACCAGAAAAAGAUCAUGCAGCCAAGUUUGUGGAUGUUUUGUGUCUGAAUAGCUACUUCUCAUGGUACAGUCAUCCAGGUCAUCUAGAGGUCGUGACCCUUCAGGUCAAUAAUUACCUGUCCACCUGGCAUGAUUACUACAAGAAACCUGUCAUACAAACAGAAUACGGAGCAGGAACUAUUGCUGGAUUUCAUAUGUCUCCAGCAGUCAUGUUCACAGAGGAAUAUCAGGUAGAGAUGCUGGGAAACUAUCACAUGUCUUUUGAUAAGCUUCGACAGGACUUCUUUAUUGGUGAAUUGGUAUGGAACUUUGCUGACUUCAAUACACAACAAGGCACAAAAAGGGUAGCAGGAAAUCGGAAGGGGAUUUUCACUCGCCAACGGCAACCUAAAACAGAAGCACAUAUGUUGAGAAAGAGAUACCUUAAUCUUAUUGAGACUUUGGGAUGCUGAGUUAACUUCACCAACAUCAAUGAAAUAAAUUGACCUAUACUAGGAUGCAUUGAAAAGAAAGUGGAUGUGUACUCAUCAGAGAUGAUAAAGUUGCUUCUGCUGUCCCCAACAAACAUAACGAAAUUGGCAACCAGCAGACAUGAACACAUCAAUGGCAUCAUCGUAGUACUUGGCCCCUGAAUGAUAGGGCAGGGAAUGCCUCUGAAUAACCGAUGUAAGCUAGGUGUUUUCUUGUUAGUUAUUGGUUUGUAGCCAAGGAAUAAUUAUGUCAAAGUUCUGGAAAGAUGAAUUGAGGCCAUUAUCUUGGAUGGAACAACAGGGUAUUGAUAUAAUUACAAUCUUAUGUAAAGGGGUUUGCAAAUAGUGAAGAACAUGUUGCAGCUGCCACCUUGUGCAAAUCAGUAAGCAUAGGCUUGAUUUUCAGAAAAGAAAAAUACUACUGAUAUAUUAUUACAGACUAUGCUCUUAUAACUUUUGUAACACUCUUAAAUUAUAGAUGUUUACUCAAGAUAGCAUGGUAGGCAAGUCUUUUAUUUCAACUGAUCAAAGGUACAUAAAUAAAUCUGUUGCUAAGUAUAGACUUGGGCACUCCCCUGUAAAGGCCUCAAAGAGCUUAUGAAGGUUGUAGUCUGAAGACUAGGAAUUGGACCCAAAGAAUAUUAUAUCUUAUUUAUAUUCAAAGAGGAGAUGCCUAACCCUUAGAGCUUAUGAAAAAAGUUUUCUGCCUAAACACACAACUCUAUUAACUAUUACAAAGGCAGGUCUGGAACAAACUCUGUGUUAAUGUUACAAAGAGUAGUCAACAAAGAGCUACAUGAACAAAUGUGUAGGAGAAGAUUACUCUGAAGGAAUCUUUUGUAUGUGGCUUUAGAUGCAGUUUGCAUUAAGUUAAAUAGGUAUUGUAAAAUGGGUAAUAUGACUGACUGAAUAUAUCCAUGGUCUAGCGAUGUACAAUUUAACAUACUUGUGUAUUUGAAUUAGUAUUUUACUCUUACAUUAGAUACACCUUAUGAGAUGAAACAUCCUCAUACAUACUUGAAUUAGAUAUAUUAAACAUAGAUUUAACUGACCACAUCUGCAAAAAUAUUCUUAAAUGUACAUAUAAACCAUGGACAUUAAUGAAAAUGAAUUAACGUGAAUUAAGAUUUGUAUUAAAUCCAUAGCGCAAGAGGUUCAAGGAUUAAUUAAACCUGAUCAAAUGACUUGAUUACUGAAUUAUGUUCAUAUAAAUCGAAAUAUGGAAAUUACUGUCCAUAACUAACAAAUUUAUCAAGGUUCUGAAACAAAUCAUUAAUAUGCAUAUGAAACCCAAGAACAAAAGUAUAUCACCUUAAAAGCAGUGAAUAUACUGUAGAAAACUGAAGCGGUUUUGAAUCUUAUCUUAAAGAACAAAAAAAAUGACACUAUUUAUCAUAACAAUAAUAAGUCAUUCUAAACCAUUAAUCGCUAACAUUUAGACAUGAAAAGAAAUGCAAAAUGAAAUCAAUUUUUCAAUAGAAUUACUUGACAUUACGUGAUGCUUUUUGUGAUAAUAAGUCCUAGUGACUGUGCAUAGGGUAUUGCACAACCCUCUAUUUUAAAUUUCUUUUGAAAUUGAUCCUAUGUUAUCUACCUUGCCCUUUCUUGAAGUAGGAUGAUGGCUUUGUUUUCAUAUUCAGAAUAAAUUUUGGUUGCACGAUUCACCUUCACCUCACAGAGCAUUCAUAAUGUUCAUAGUCUCAUGAUUAGACCGGCGGUUUAGAAAAUUGUGAGGUCUUCUUAGUACAUGAUAAGACAAGGCUGGUGGUUGGUUAUGAUAACAUCAGAUAUUACUUAACAUACCUUUUUAAAAGUAACACUCUUUAUAAAAAUUUGGGUUCUUGAGCACAGGUGUGCUAGAUGGGACUGUUUGAAGUGCCUGAAAUGUCUUGGUACAAUUCUCAUUCCACUUAAAAAGCUUUGGUUCAUCCUGUCUAGUAAGAUCCUGUUGACGGGGCUACUACCUUACUGUAAUUAGGGAUGAAUUUACGGUAAUACCCAGUUAACCCCAGAAAUGCUCUUCUAUCGGUUUUCAUAACCGGUCGUGACUAGUUGAUGAGUGCCUCGAUCUUGGCUGGUUCUGGCUCGACAGUGUCCCCUCUCAAAACAAAUCCCAAGUAACGGACCCCUUGCUGGCAAAUUUACAUUUGCUUGGGUUAGCUGUUAUAACAGCACAUCUUAGCUAUACCAUAACUUCUCUAACAUGAGCAAGGUGAUCUUCGCAGCAUAAUAAUAAUUAUAAUAAUACAUAACAUUUAUAAGGCACUACUGGUGUUUCUAAGCGCACUGUGUUCUGUUUAUGGUUUUUACUUGGGAUUAAAAAGAAUAAAUUAAAAAAAUAAGUCCAUUCCCGCCUGCUGGGAAGUCAUUGGAUUUAUUCCCCCCCUUGAAGAAUUCCAGAACUUUGGAAAUUUCUGGAUCUUGACAUUGUUCUCUCUCUAGAUUAUCUGCUGAAAUGCUUAUCACUAUUGGGCUCCCAUGCAGGUCUACCUCUAUUCCACAGACAUGGCCUUCUUCCUCAUCUUCCAAGCUAUCAUACUUUGGUCCCAGAUAUGCCCUGACGAUGCUUUCAUCCUGCGUUUCACAUCCCUCUUUGGCUCUGUAUGGGGCUCCAGACAGUAAAGAAUGUCUGCAUUUGUGUUGAAGCAUCCCGGUCUAUCAUGAAUCAUCAGUGUACAGUUAGCAAGUUUUGCUACCCAUCUCUGCUUUCUCUCACUGAGAGAUGCACUUUCCUGAUGCACCAAUGGGUUGUGAUCAGUGAACACAUCUACCACAGAUUCAAGUAAAUAAUUCUUUAAUUUUUCCCAUUUCAGUGCCAAUAGCCCAAGCUUGAAAGCACUGUAGUUGUCAUUCCUCUCUGCUUUCCUAAUUUGCUGACUUGCAUAUGCAAUCACAUGCUCCUUCCAUUGAUCUGUUGUGAGAGGACUGCCCCGGCCCUUUAUUGCUGGCAUCUAAGAUUUUGUGAAAUCUGGCUAUGCUAGUACUGGUGGAUUGGUCAACCACUGAUGAAGUUUGCAUCCUCUUAAAGCAGAGGGUAGGACUUUUAGUGGUAGGACUUCCAGUUUGUGAGACAGCUUUUGGUGUUGGUG